AGGAGGAGAAGCGAGAUGGAGGUGAAGCUGGAGGUGUUUCGGAUGACACUCUACCUCACCUUCCCUGUCACUAUGUUCUGGAUUGCCAAUCAGGCUGAGUGGUUUGAGGACUAUGUCAUACAGUGCAAGAGGGAGCUGUGGCCACCUGAGAAGGAGGACCAACGUCGGGAGCUAGAAGAAUUCAAGGAGAGGAUACGGAAGCAGCGGGAGGAGAAGCUCCUUCGCGCUGCCCAGCAGAGCUCCUGAGUCCUAGCCCAUAC